AUGGUUUAUCUUGGCCAUCCACUGCAUCUGGUUCUGUCUUCCAGUCGUCUAGACAUUGUCCUGCCACUGGUCCAUGAUGGCUCCAGACGAGAGAUUUACCGCGACUGGAGGGGGCCCUAUUUAUGCGGUCGAAACAAAGGAAGUAAACUAAAAGCAAGAUUCACACCACUAACCGCUGCAGCCUGGAACGUUCGCACACUCCUUGACAGAGGUGGCUCCGAAAGACCCGAGAGACGCACAGCACUUGUCGCAAGCGAACUUGGUAGAUACAACAUUGACAUCGCUGCUCUUAGUGAAACCAGACUAGCGGGAGAGGGCAUGUUAUGCGAGAGAGGUACAGACUAUACUUUCUUCUGGAGUGGACGCAGCCCGGUAGAGAGAAGAGAAGCAGGAGUGGGGUUUGCUGUUAAGUCGUCCAUUGCUUGCAAGCUACCUGAUCCACCUAAGGGUAUAAGUGACCGUCUUAUGACAUUGAGGCUGCCCCUUUCCAAUGAUAAAAGGUUCGCCACUAUCAUUAGUGCCUAUGCACCUACAAUGACCAACCCGGAUGAGAUAAAGGACAAGUUUUACGAAGAUCUAAACAAUGUCAUCAACACUGUUCCUCAAGCAGACAAGCUCAUUAUUCUAGGCGACUUCAACGCAAGAGUUGGGUGCGACAGUUCCAUAUGGGAAGGAGUGAUUGGAAAUCAUGGAGUCGGCAAUUGCAACAGCAAUGGUCUUCUCCUUCUCUAA